AUGCGCGUUUUCCUGCGCACGCGGGGCAUUCCGGACAACAUGAAACAGUGCCAGAUUACCCCGAAGAUGGUGAAAGACAUGGCAGCGCAACUUGGAAUUCGUGCCAACCCAGACCUUUACUGGUAUUCCUUGUUCGCGCUUCGCUACUCGUUGGCUCCCGAAUGGGAGGUCAUCGUGAAGCAGGAUACCCGUUUUUACGUCCACCUGCCCUCAGAUCGCAUGCAGAUUGUGCAUCCGAUGAUCAGGCGCUUUCGUGAACACCUUGAGGACACUCGACAAAAUGAGUUCCUCUGGGAGUAUCGUGGAUUUGUGCAGAUGAAGUGUAGCGAGUGUGGCAUUCCAGAUGCAAUUGUUUGGUGCCAGCAGUGUACAGAUUACUUCUGCGCCACUUGCUUUCUAUCGUCUCACAAGUCUGCACGUGGCAAAAAGCAUUGGCCUUCUCCUAUUCCUGGCUGUAGAUACCUUACAGCGUCAGAGGCAGCGAGAAUGCACGAUCACUUGCCCUUGCUGAACGUUGGAUUCUCCAUGCGCCGACGGUUUCUGGCGCGGGACAACCAGUCAGAUCGGAAUGGUUCCAGAAGUGGAGACACAUGGCUCUUCUUCCAUGCCGAUACCUUUGAGGCUGCGCUUUUGCAAGCCCCAGAGAAGCAUUGGUUUUUGAAGCGUUUGAAACCACCGCGGCUGGCACCAACUGCGGAAGGAUACUACUACAACUUCCGAAAUGACGUGAUUGCAGAUGACCCGUCGCAUAUUAUGUCCAAAGCCCAUGAGCAAAAAGCCAUCGCGCUACUGCAGAAGAAUAUUCGAGGUGCCAUCACACGCAAGCGCAUUCAGAAGGAGCUGAAGGCUGCAAAGGUUAUCCAAAAAAGCAAAAGGAUGUGGGACGUAAGGAAGGUGAAGACGGAGACCGCGAGAAACCUUCAGCUUCUCAAAGGCUGGUACAUGAGAUACCAAUCUGUGGAGAAGCACGAAAAGCUUCUCCAUCGGGUCACGCGAUUCCAAGCACAGUGGAGAGGCUACGUGGUGAGAUGCGAACACUACAAGACGAUGCUGGACAUCACUCGCUUCCAGGCGAAGCGUCGUCACAAUGUCAUUGUGACUGCCGGUGUGCUGGAACCUGAGUCGAAUCUGCCCAACAUCGUCUUACAGCGUAGGUUGGAUUGGCUGAAAGCGACCAAGGACGAUUCAGCGCACCUACCGGGGUCGCCUCUAUGGACGCCGGCCGAUGAGAGAAAUGAGACAGGCGGCGAUGAAGAUCCAAGGCGAGCGGCGAAGCGUUGUUACUUGUUCUUUUGUUUGCCCAGCUUUGCUGCAAGGCUGGACGUGAAAGUCAUCCUUUACGACAAAAUGGAGACCGUGCGGCUUUUGACAGCCUUCUACAUGGCUGCCGGUGAGAUUCGCCACUACAUUCAUCCGCCUCUUAGCUGCACAGAGGUCACUGGCAAGCUUGCCAACGAAGAGAUCGGCAAACGAGGCCUCCGAGUCUCAGGCGCUGAGCACUUAGUCUACCACAGUGAGAAGCCUGACUUGGUGUCCCACAUGCUGCUCUCAGUGACGCGGCAUUUGCUCAACCAGAUUCCGGCCGAGCAUUUCCCUGUGAAGCAUCACCAUGAUUGGCUCAUCACCCUCUCUGAAGAGAGCUUGCCCUGCCUAGUGCUGAAUGGUUUGCCGGCUAGCCACCGCCAUGUGUCCCUUACGGCAGAGGUCUUGAUCACCAUGAGACAAGCUCUGGAAUCGCCAACGGUCUCCACCGAAGAUCAUUUGCGCUUCCAGGGUCUGGACGCGCAGGCUGGUGCGCAGAUGAUGGAAGUCCUAAGCAGCGAGCUGGAUCAUCGGUUGCCACCAGACUGGCACGGGGACCAAAGUCAGAUGGCCAAAUUGGUGUAG